UCAAGAAUUUCAUCUAUCUCUCUCUCUCUCUCACUACAAGACUGCAGCACAGCAGCAGUCAUGGUUUCAGAGGCUCGAUUUGUUGUUCUCUACCUCUUCGUGAUCUUCACAGCUCUUGCAACCUCCUUUCGAACUGCAAUAGCUUCGCCGAAAGGUCACCGCUACAACGUUGGGGAUGAUAUUCCGCUGUUCGUCAACAAGGUCGGUUCCAUGUAUAAUCCGAGUGAGACAUAUCCCUACUAUGACUUUCCAUUCUGCCGCCCAGAUCCAGUAAUUGAAAAGAAGCGCACACUUAUGGAGGUUCUGAAUGGUGAUAUUUUGACCAAUUCCCUGUAUGUGUUGAAGUUCAGGGAGAACAAAAAGUUCGAAAGACUAUGCGAAAAGAAGCUAACAAAAGAUGAAGUAGCAAAGUUUAGAGAUGCUGUCAGUAAUGAUUUUUACUUGCAGAUGUACUAUGAUGAUCUUCCUUUGUGGUUGGGUUUUGGUGAUACUGAGGAGGAUGAGGACUGGUUUCAUAGUGAGAUACCACCUUUGUAUUAUCUAUACAGUCAUAUUAAGUUUGAUGUUUUGUACAAUGAGAACCAAGUGAUAGAGGUUCAAGCUUUUAGUGACCUGCAAGAUGGUGUAGAUAUCACUGAUGAUAUUGAAACCAAUGUUACAUUUACUUAUUCAGUUGUUUGGAGUAAAACUGAAGCUCCAUUUGUGAAUCGGAUGGGAAAAUAUUCGGUUGCCUCUUUUUUACUGGAUAUUGUAAAGCUCCGCUCUUUCUCUCUCAUUUACCGAAUUGUCAUCAUUGCAAAAUUGAUAGGGAUGCUUGCUACUCUGUUGCUGCAGAACCUCAGGGAUGACAUCAUAAAGUCUUCUAUGGUAAAUGAAGAAGGUAUGAAAGAGGUUGGUUGGAAAUAUACUCAUGGUGAUGCAUUCAGCAAUCCUCCAUACACAUCUUUGCUCUGUGCUGUUCUCGGCACUGGUACUCAGCUCUUGACCCUGUUCUUCUUUGUAUUUCUUCUGGUACUUUUGGGUGUUCUCUAUCCAUAUAGUCAUGGAACACUGUAUUCAUCUCUUGUUGUGAUCUAUGCUUUUACAUCCAUGGUUGGUGGGUAUACUGCUUCUUCUUUCCAUGUUCAGUUGGCAGGAACUAGUUUGAGGAGAACUAUUCUUCUGGCAGGGGUUCUCUAUUUUGUUCCACUUUUUGCAAUAUUUUUGGUCCUGAACAAAGUUGCUAUCUCCUAUAGAAUCACAGCUUCUAUCUCAUUUAACACCAUAGUUGUGCUUCUUCUUAUAUGGACUCUUCUCAGCAUCCUGAUGUUCACCAUAGGUGGUGUACUUGGAUAUACUUUUAAGUCUCAUUUUCGAGCUUCUUGUUCUACCAGGAGAGGCCCGAAAGAGACCACAACUUUAGCUUGGUACAGAAAGACACUCGCUCAGAUGUUUCUUUCAGGUGUUUUAUCAUUUUGUACAGUAAUUAUGGAAUUAGACUACAUAUAUACAAGCCUGUGGUGCCACAAUAUCUUCACAGAAUCAGGAACUUUCUUUAUCAUGUUCAUCCUUCUCAUAAUAUACACCGCAAUCCUGAGCAUUGGGAUGACAUAUGUGCAGCUUUUAGGAGAAGACCACGAAUGGUGUUGGAGGUCUGUCUUGCGGGGCGGCUCAGUUUCCAUUUUCAUGUAUGGCUACUGCAUUGAUUUCUACUCUAGAUCAACCAUGAGUGGUUUUAUGCAGCUAUUGUUCUUUUUUGGCUACAAUGCUUGCAUAUGCUAUGCCUUAUUCCUUGUUCUUGGGACUGUUGGUUUCUAUGCUUCCUUGGUAUUUGUUCGUCAUGUUUACCAUGCUGUCAAGAAUGAAUGAAUGGAUAGUCCUUGCAAUUCCUGAAGUGGUCCUGGUAAUAUUUUUGCAUGUUCAUGUUCAAUGUUCCAUGGGCCAAUCAGUUGGCUUCUUAGUCAAGAGAUAUGAACCUUAGCUCCAUCAACUUUGAAAUGAAGAAAACCAAUGUACUAGAAGCAUGCUAUGAUGACAUGCAAGAUUUUUGUACUGUAGACAAUGUAUACAAAAAUCACAGAGAUUUACUCACACAAAUACUUUUCGUUAAAUACAUUUGUAACUGAUACAAUUCUUGAUCCAUUUUUGGUCCUAUUUGGCCAAUCAUGUGACUGUCAUGUAAUCUGGAACAGAU